AAAAACCACACAUGUGUGAAAUCCAUACGCUGACGGGCUCUGAACAAUCAGCAUACAAUCUUACACAAAAAAGGAAUCUUUUGUCACCCGUCAACGAAUUAUUUCUUAGUCGAAUAGUUGCUUGACCCAGCAACCCGCAAUGUAUCGCUUAAAUGUACAACAACAGCAAUCUCAGCAGCAGUCAUCCUCUUCAUCAGGAUCGUCGUUGUCUUCGUCUGCCAAAUCCUCAACGCAGUCGUCGGCCACGAAUGCUGCCACCUCCACAAUAACAACAACAACAGUCAUACCCAGCCACAUUUUGUUGCAGCAACAAUUGGCGGCUGCCGCAGCAGCUGCAGCGGCCGGCAUCAAUCAACCGCCAGCUACAAUCGCUGCUACGCAUUUGCUUAGCGUCGCUGCCAUUGCCAGUGGUGACGUCGGCAGCGCGCUAGAUCUGAAUGGCGGCCAUCAGCAACGUGCGCUCAUCCAUCAACCGCGGCAAGCACAUGCGCACCAUCGUCUGCACGCCAACAACAACAGCCCCAGCCCCAGCCUCAGCCUUGGCUCGGCUGCAAUCGGUGGUGGUGGUGCUGGUGGUGUUGGUGUUGAGUCGCCCUCCACCAUCAUAACGAAUGUGAUGGCCGCAUCGGUGGAGGAGAAAAUAAAAAUAAUUUCGACUGCCAUUAAAGCGGAGCCGCUGCAUGAAUUCAUUUCGCUGACAACUUCGGCAGCUGCUGCUGCGGCUGCGGCACCGGCAGCAACUACGUCAACGUCAUUAGUUAACAAUGGCGGCUCGCAUAGUAAAAUCAGCAAUACUAGCAUUAAUCACAUCAGCAAUAAUACUCUAAGCAACAGCAACAACAAUAGCAAUAAAAAUCACGGCAAUCCCAGUCCGAACUCGAAUACAAACUCGAACAACAGCAACAACAAUGUUUUAGCACUCACUGUCAACACACUGCCGUCAGCGGCGGCAUCCUCCAGCGGUACUUCCAUUUCCGUUGCUGCCAAGAAGUCUUCUGCGGUGAGCGCUGUCAGUCAUGCCACCGCAACAACAAUAGCUGUGAGUCCGUUAAGCAAUGCAAAUACCAUAAAUCUGGUUGUUGCUGGUGGCGCAGCCGGAACAGCUUCUACCUCCAGCGGUGGCGCGGGUGGAACUUUGGUUAUCACCACUGGCGGCAGUCAUGGCGCAACGCCGUCUUCAUCGUCUGCGGCGGCAGCAGCAGGUAGUAGCAGUGGCUCCACAGCCAAUGGACAUUUAGUUUUUGUGCCCAAGCGCGCACGUUUGGAAUGUCCUCCAAGCAACGAGGAAUGGAUUUCCACCUCUAGUCCGGGUAGUGUGCCCAGUUCAGCACCACCGUUAAGCCCAUCGCCGGGCUCGCAGAACCACAGUUACAGCGCGAAUAUGUCGAAUGGCUACGCAUCGCCGAUGUCAGCAGGCAGCUACGAUCCGUAUAGUCCCAAUGGUAAACCAGGUAAGCUAAAAAGAUAUCACUAA